AUGCUGAAAACUGCAAAAUAGUAACAAUUAAAUAGUCACAAACUCUAAUUAGCACCAAGAGCUAAUACUUAAUCCAAGAAUGGGGCUAACUUUGGUUAAACUUCAACUACUAGGCAUAGUGAUGUCAAAAAGACUAGUAUUAUCUCAAACGGUAUUGAAAUUCUGAGCUCUGAUUCCUAUCAUAAAAAGCAAUUACCUUUAUUUUCUCAGGGGUUACGAGAUACAGACUAUGUUUAGUCAGUUCACGUUUAAAAAAGUUAUCUACACAAUUAAACAGGCCCAUUUGAAAGUGCCUAAGGCAAUAGAAUGAGUAUGAGAGUUAUUAGCAAAGAUGAGAGUCGAAAUUGCUCUGAGCGGCCUUAUGAGCAAAUUAGUAUUAUCAAAAGUGGUAGCAUUGGUAGAGACCUGAAUACUACCUCCAAUAUGAAGAACUACUUAAGGAAAGACUCAACCAAAGUAAUGAAGUAGCAGAUAACAACAAAUAUACACCAAGCUUAUACACCUACAGCAAUGAGGUAAAAUAAAUCAGCUCAUGGAACUUCAAGAGUAAAAGUUACUGCAGUUAGCUAAAAAUCUCAGAAUUCAUCGUUUAAUGAGAAUAACAACAUCCCACCAACGAACUAGCCUCUAUUCAAGAAGAAGUUAACUAUUGACGGCGAUGAUGUAUAGCCACUAUUUGAUUAUGUAACUAAGACAGAUAUGGUCAGGCAAUCAGCAUCUGAUGCCUCAAGAUUUACUAAUCAACAGCAAAAUAAGCAACAUACAUCUCCUCAAAAGAUUUAAGAUGGAUUUGAUAAUAACUUUGAUUAGGACAGAUCAAGGCUUAAUAACUACCCAGAUACUUUAGGGUCCAUUCCAACUACUCUUUCAACUCCUUAAAAUGAAAGAUCUCAAUUAAAAUCUUUUAAAGCAACUAAAGUAAUUGAUAUCAAAAAGAAAAAAGCUGCUGGGCCUCCUGCAAAGGAAUUUAUUAAUCAGCGAAAAUUGUAAAACCCUGAUGAUUAGCCACUUUAGCUCAGAGACUUUUAAAUUGGUAUUUAAAUAGGAGCUGGAGCCUUUGCAUUAGUAAAGAGAGCAGUUCAUAAGGAAUCAACAUAUAUUAUUGCUCUAAAGACGUAUGACAAAAAGCAUUUAGUCGAUAAGCACGCUCAGGAAGCAUUACAUUAAGAAAUAAAGAUACUGUCGCAGAUUGAUCAUCCAAAUAUCAUGAGUUUAUAUGAGGUUAUUGAUACUAGAUCAAAUGUUAACUUAAUAAUGGAACUCUGCUCUGGUAAAAGUCUGUAUCAUUACAUUAAGAAGAAGACAGGCCUGAAAAUGGACGAAGUUGAAUGUAAAAGCAUAUUUAAAUAGUUAGUCGAGGCUGUGGCAUAUUUGCAUGACAAUAAUAUCUGUCACAGAGAUCUAAAAUUAGAUAACAUUUUAGUCGACGAGAAAAAGAAAGUAAAAUUAAUUGAUUUCGGUUUCAGUGUUCAAUGCACUUCUGAUCAAAAGUUGAAUUUAUUCUGUGGAACUCCACAUUAUAUGGAUCCAGACAUUGCAAGAAAGAAAGAUUAUCUAGGCUAGGCCUCAGACGUCUGGGCUCUUGGGGUAAUCUUAUUUAUCCUAAUGACUGGUAAACUACCAUUCUAUGGGGAGUUUGAGGGUGAUCUAUUUAGAAAAAUUUAAAAAGCGAAAUUUGAUUUCCCCAAGGAACUUAGCAACGACUGCAAAAAUCUCAUUAGAAGGAUCUUUAACGUUGACUCUCUUACAAGAAUAUUGCUUGAUGAAUGGUUCAAAGUGGCGAAAUCAGGUUGA